GCCGCGGCCGCGCUCCUGUACGGCGUCACCGCGGUCUCCAUGGGAUUCGUGAACAAGGCUGUCCUCACCGUGUACGGAAUGCGCGAGAGCAACUUCCUCCUCCUCGCGCAGAUGUGCCUCACCGUCCUCGUCCUCGGCGCGCUCCGAGCGGCGAACCAGGUGUCGUUCCCGCGCAUCAACGUCGCGACCGCGAAGAAGCUCGCCCCGGUGGCGAUCCUAUACAACGCCAACGUCGCGUUCGCGCUCGCGUCGCUCUCCAAGGUGUCCGUGCCGACGUACAACACGCUCAAGCGACUCACCCCCGCGGUCGUCCUCCUCGCGAACAAGACGCUGCGCCCUCAGAAGCCGGACCCCUCGCGCGGCGUCGUGGGCUCGAUAUCGCUCGUCGUCCUCGGGUGCAUCGUCGCGGGCGCGGGCGAUCUCGCGUUCGACCUCGCCGGGUACCUCAGCGGCGUGGCGUCGUGCCUCCUGCAGGCGACGUACCUCAUCGUCGUCGAGAUCACGGGCGCGGAGCGAGGCGUCGGCUCCGCGGAGCUGUUGGCGUACAACGCGUUGCUGUCCACGCCGAUCGUGUUCGCGCUCACGUCCGCGACCGGGGAGCUCGCGAGCGCGGUGACGCGGCUGGGGACCCUGAGCGAGGGCGCCGGGUUCGUGACGUGCUUCGUCGGCGCGCUGAGCAUGGGGAUGCUGCUCAACUACUCGCAGUUUCUGUGUACGAUGAAAAACUCGGCGCUGACGACCACCGUCGUCGGCGUGCUCAAGGGCGUCGCGAGCACCGCGCUCGGGUUCGUGCUCCUCGGCGGCGUGAAGUUUAGCCUGUGGCACGUCGUGGGGAUCACGCUGAACAGCGUGGGGGGGGUGAUGUACUCGUACGUCACGUUUCACGAGCGCCGCCGCGCGAGGGCGAAGCUGAAGGAGAGCAGGAGCGACGUCUUCGAGCGCGACGGCGGCGGCGGCGGCGGCGGCGGCGGCGGGCUCUCGGCGGCGGAACGCGGGGGAGGGCACCGGUCGCCGCGGGGGGUCGGCGUGGCGUAGCGCGCGGGGGGGGGACGUCGGGUGGACGUCGGCGCGCGCGCGCGUCGAGAGUAGUCGUAUUCGUUCGAUGUUGAUUCUUUAAUACGCC